CAUAUCUUCCCAGCUGGCUCUAUCAGUGGCCUAUGCCUAAACCAGUGAUCUUGUAACUGACCCUACAGCUGCUAAUCACAGCCGCUAUUUAAGCGGUACACGGUUCGAUUCCAAUUGAGUUGUGCGAAGCGGACAACGCGAUCGGAGGCUCUUCUGGUUGCUGCGGGACCUGCUCUGAGCUCACUCAUAUCGAGCAAAGACCCCAGAUUCCUGAAGAUGGGGAAGCGCAGGAGGCUAUCAGCCUCUCCAGACAACAGUCACACAAAACGAUCACGGACGACAUCCAGAGCGAAGUCAGUCUUUAGAGGCGACCGAGAUCCCUACUUCCCGAGAAGUGAAAGCUCAUUGCCGGCUCCGUCUGACUGGACAUUCCGUGUGAAGGUCAUUUGUGCUGACACAGCUCCUGACGAGGAAGUCUUCAAAGAGGCCGUCCAAGGACUCAUUCGAAUCUGUUUUCCUGAUACCUUCCUUGACGAUCUGGGCUUGAAUGUGAUUGAAAAGCAUAUGCGCGAGUUUAAUGCAACGGAGAAGCGGAUCCAGAAGAUGCGCGAAGUCUACAGCACUGAAAUGAUUCACCGUGGCAGCUGGAUGCUCGCACAAAACUUGGACAGCCCGGAAAAGGUGCAAACUCUCCUUUCCUCGGUAAUUGCCGCCACGAAUCGACUGUUCGGGAAGAAGACGGAUCGUGAGGUGCUGGAUGAUAUGAUAGAGGCAUUCCGGCGUCUUCGGGAUAGCAUUUCCUCAGAUGAUACAGACCACCUUGCAAAGGGUGGUGGACUUAGCAUACCUGCCGCUGACCGCGAAGCUUCUACUGUCUUAGAAACCAGUGAAGUUGUGCCCGCUGUGGCUGACAAAGCGAAGAAUGAUGAAAAUCUCGAGAUUAAAGCCACGACUGCGUUGUCAAAGAAACGACACAAAAGUUUCAAACCAUGGACCUGGGACAUCGAUCCUGAAAAUAUCACUGCCCAAGAUGUACAGAAACAUUUCCUCUCGGCGACGGACUUGUUUGCGUUCCAUGCACUCCCUAUCGCCCAAGCAUCCGUGGGUCAAAACGCAACGAAAGGUGCUGUUCGCAAAGAGAUGUCCAGGAGAUGGACGUCUUUAUCCAAGCAAGACCGCAAGCAGUGGAAGACAUGUUUGGAGAGACUCUUAAAGGGGGAUCUCAGUAUGUUGGAGCUGACCCGCCCGGAUACCAAUGGGGAGGACACCAGAGCGACGCCAUUUCCCCAAUCAACUUCAGGUACAUUACUCAAUACUGAUAAAGAGGAUCAAAACCAAUACCAUCGGGACGAAUCUGGGACUGCACGUUCCCACAAUGAUGUAGAGCGUACCCGGAGUGCCAGCCUUAUCAAGGUAGAAAAAAGCCCUCCUGUCGAGAUUGCAACUCCGCCAAAGCGGUCGUCAGCCGAUCACAAGGCAUCAACCGAACCGAAUACACUGACCCCGAUUCUAUCUAAAACCCCUAUUGUUGAUCUUCUCUGGGGGAAAACCCCUAUAAAAGACAACGAACACAAAAUCGUAACCAGAGUGGUGCUGCGCGACCUCGAUAGACGCGUUCCAUUUGAUCAAUGCACCUUCCAGAUAUUUGGCGGAAGCUGGACCGUCCUGACCAAGAAUCGACUUGCUAGCUACUUCCGAUCCAUAUUGCAAAAUCAGAAGACAACGGUUGUCCAGAAGAGGCAGAAACUGGAAGAUAAGCUGAUCCUUUGGGUGGUCAUGAACAUCUCGGCCUUUCCUGAGCUGGUUUCGCAGCCCUUUCUGUUCACCUACAUGCAUCCAAAUGAGACUCCCGUAGUCGACCUACUUUGCGGCCCUGACGUCAACAUUACCCACCACAGGAAUGACAAAAUUCAGAUCCUGAUUUUGAACUCCCUCAAAGAGCGCAGUGUCAACAUGGCAUAUAAAGUUACUGGCCAAGAUAUCCAUCAAUACUUGAAUUCCUUGGGGAAAGACACGACUCUAAGCUCCGAGUUGAGACGCGUCCUUCUCGAGCGUUACCUGCGUCAGCUCGCGCUCGCCCAUAUGAGCGUUUUCCCCGACCUGAAGAACUCUCCAUUGGUGAAGAAGUGGGAAAGUGUGUCAGGCCAGCGAUGGGGAUGAAGCGUGUCGGAUAAUGAAGGAAGGUACCGACGGAGCAGAGGGCAAGGGAGAAUACUGCAGCACCCGUUUUACCGGGAGGUCUGCUGUUCAUAAUGUGGUUUACUGUCUACUCUGUGGGACAUUUGCACGUUUGUGCAUUGUGCAUGCGUUAUCAAACCUGCUAAACUCUGGGAGGCGUCCGAAGCGGCUUUACGGCUUACAUUCGACAUAUCAAUGUAGAGCCUUUGUAUUCACACCGGAUCAGUUCACGGGAUGGGGUUACUUGAACAGACCCAUGCAUGUACAUGUUUCUGUUAGAGCGGGCCAAACGGUACAACGAUAGGUAGAAGCUUCCUGUGCACGAAGCCGUUAGCAUGAUGGUCGUGGAAGGCGCUAAUUGGAGGACUGAGGUAAACAUCCGAUGGUG